AUGAAACUUUGCUUGGGUGCAUUAUGGUUAUUAUGUUUUAUUCAAAAGUCACUUGGCUCUCCGAGUAUGAACGAUGUUGAUUGUCUUCGAUCACUUGACUAUGAUAUGUUGUUUCAAAGUCAAAUAGAUAUGUUAGAUACUGGCGGUAUUUGCAACCAAAAUGAAAUUCGUUUAAAUGCCCAUAAAAAGGGAAUGGAACAUGCUUACAAUGAUCUGACGUCGUCCUUAAAUCACUCAAUUCUUAUUGGUGGUUAUUGGACAAUACCAAAUUUUCUUUGGAAUGCUGCUACGAAUCAUCAGUGUCAUCUCAAGAAAAUUAAUACUUGUCGUCCGGACCUAUGGCUUCCACUUGGUAUUUUAAUCAAUUGUUCAGAUAGUAUAGAGCAAUCCUUGAAUUGGAGUCAACGUACGCUACAUCAAAAAUUUUCUAAACUUGAGCGUCUUAUUCCAAAUACGGAAGUUAAGAGUGCACUACCAUUUCCAAAUUUGUUUAAUGUAACAAUUCUUGAUAUAAAACAAUCUGACGUCUGUCAAAAACAAAAUUCAAUUGUGUGUCACAAACAAAUGAGUCAACAUGGUGGUCACAAGAGCCGGUGUUCGUACUAUUUCUGUCAUACAACAGAAGCAAGAGACAUGAUUGAGAUAACAGUUAAAUAUGAGAAUACAAACACAACUGUGAGCAUAUUAAUGAUGUGUCAUACACUACCAGGAAACACUGGUAUUCCAGACGAUACAAAGUGCCAUUUUCUUAAACCACAAACGAGUUUUGUGUUCUGUGACAAGGAAUGA